AUGGCCAGCCGUCUCUGCACUGCAGUCAAAGUAUUCUCGCCAAACGCACCAGCAUCCCGUGCGUUCUCUGCUUCGGCUGCCAUUUUGGCUGGCCGUCAAGUGGGUCGUCAGAGAAAACCCGACAAGAAAUUCGAUGUAGAUCACAUGGAGAAAUUCAAUUUCGAUGAUCAGACAACGAUUGGACAUGACCUCUUUGAAAAUAUUAGAGAGGUCCGAAAGUACCUGAGAAUGACAAACUACGAACUUCCCAAAUUGAGUGUGUUCGCCAAACCCUUUGUCCCUCCCACCAGUGGCCAAAUCUUAAAGUUUAAGUCGCACACCUAUUUGGGUGAAGGUCACCCUGUUGAACGCAAAGCUGUGCUCAAUGUCAAGGUUUCUGAUCUCAAGUUGACUGAACAACAAAGACAUACACUUUUGUUGUUGAGUGGUCCACGAUACCAUGUGGAUACCGACGAAUUGAUCUUUUCGAGCGAGAAGUUCCCUAACAGAAAACAGAACAAGAAAUACUUGAGCGACAUUCUUGACAAGCUUAUCGAAGAGACAAAGAAGGCCGGCGAUGCUUUUGCUGAUGUUCCUCUCAACUUACGGGAACCCAAGAAGAGACUUGAAUUCCCCAAGGAAUGGGCUCGUCCUGCCAAAGCUGAGGCACAAUAAAGAAAAGAAAAUUCGACAAGAUGAUCCUUUGGAUCUGUAUAGACGCCUAUGUUUUAUUUUAUUUUAUUUUACCUUAUUUCUUAUUUAUUCUUUAUUUCAUCUAAAAGAGAAAAGAUUGUAUAUUACAUUCCAUCC